GAGACAAAGCUACUUCGUUCGCGUCGACGGUCGCUGCCACUAGAAAGUCGUUGGCAAUUGGUGGGUGCGGUUGUUGUGUGAGUCGCAAAAAGUGUGUCGAUUGAGUUUCGCGAGAAAGUUUUGCCCGGUUACAAGGUGCACUAAGUGAAGCGUAGAAGAAAAGAAGGUUAUUGUUGCUGCAUUCUUUGAAUUUUACGUUUCAUCGUUUUAACGAAUCUCUGUGGUAUCUCAGAGAUCGAUUGGGAGAAACGAGUUGGAACGCGUUUACGAUCGAAAAAGUUACGAUCGUCACGACAUCUCUGAUUUACGACAGAUUAAUUUCGUCGCUUUUGGGAGACCAUCCCAACGAAAUUUGAAAAUUCUAAAACAGAAGAUACGCGCGACUAUCGCCGAGACUUUUAAGAUUGAAACAAAUUGUGUCAUAUCUUAGUCAAUAUUUGCAAAAGAACAAUCGAAAAGCGCUCAAUAUUUCUUUUCGCGCUGGAGCGUCGGCGAACGAAUACUAAACGCGAUCGUGCGACGUGGCGGCGACGCCAUUUUGUGAAGACUCCUGUGUGCGAACCGCGAGCAACAACGGCCUCUCUCGAGCCGUGACCUCUCGAAUCACGGAAGGAAUAGUGCUUUCUUUUGAUCGCGUCGUCUCACGUCUCUAUUGGGGGAAAAAACAACGGAAGAAGUGGAAGAAGAAGAAGAGUGGUACUGUACUAUCAGCAAAAUUCUAUCAUAGACCGUUCGUCCUGGGUCGCAUUGCAUACCAACCAUGAGACUGGAAAUUGUGUCAGCGGCGGAUUUUUUGGUGCAUCUACUGCGUCUUCAGACAGGUCAACUGUCUGAACGUCAGCUGGAGAUGUUCAAGUCCUCUUUGACGGAGGUUUUGCGUCAUCGUUACAGGGAUCACUGGUUCCCAGAUCGACCAAAUCGUGGUUCCGGUUACCGUUGCAUACGUAUCAACGGUAAAAUGGAUCCAGUCAUUGCACAGGCAGGUGCUAACGUCGGUUUACUGCCAACGGUAUUGCAUAGCUUGUUUCCAAGCGAGCUCACCAUGUGGAUCGAUCCAUCGGAAGUAUCCUACAGAAUCGGUGAAAACGGAUCCAUUUGUGUUUUAUACGAACGUACAGAACCUGAACCGGAAGAGUCUCAACAUCAGCACCAACACCAGCAUCAACACCAUCAGCAGCAACAGCAACAACAGCAGCAGCAAUUCGAAAGUUGCAAGGAUUCGUUGUUAUUGGAGCAUUCGCAAUUUAGCGAGCAGAUCGCCGCGUUCGUUUCCAGUUGAAGCGUUUUUCUACAUAAAUUCAUCGAUGCAACAACACUAGCAUCUUGUUUCGUUUUCACUGGACGUGCAUCACGCUCUCGGAUUGAUCAAAGCACAUGGGUUUUAUGAUAUGUGAUGGCGUUCCUCCGGUCGGGUGAAUGUUUUACUCGUGCACACGAACGCGCAAUUUUACUCUGUCUAUAAGUCGAGUUUCAAAGGAAAUGAAGUGUGCACUGUUCUAUCUAAAUAAGGACAACAAACGUGUAAAAAAAGUGUUUAACCGUUUUUUUUUUGCUAAAGCUGAUUUAACCGAAAAAAUUCGUCCAAUACGUAUCGUUCGACGAGCUUUUGUCGGAGUCCCAACGAUCGUUAUCACGACCGACUCUAGUCCAACCGUACACAUACAUAUGUGUCAUCCUGAAUUUUUGUCAACCAUACGAAAGAGGAAGAGAGGAUAUUCAUGGCAAGAAGAGCACCAUCAUCGUUUGAAUAUUCGAGGAGAAUAUUGCGCGUUCGCGUAACGACGAUGUCUAACUAGUAGACCAGCGGUCCUCUUACGUUUUGGCGUAUUUCACGAGAAGAUCCAGUUUUUUCAGCUCUUUCUGUUGAAAAUACCGACUGCUAGCGAGAUCGCGCCCGCAAAUGUGAGAAAAUAAUAUAUGGGCGAGCUCCGCUCCGAGGGUCUCUCUCAGACCGACAAAUUGAUCUCAGCUCACCUCCCGCGUACUUCCGUUUAUCUCGAAAAGAAGUUACGUCUGGAGUGGGGGAACAACGAACCAGUCUGUGGCCCUCUCUCUGUUCUCGUGAGAGGAAAAGCGAAACAAGCUUCUCUCCCCUCUCCCCCCCUCUCUUGGAAAGGAUUCAACAAUGUGUUUUUAUCGUCGCAAAUCUCUUUUCUUCCACGAACGUUUUUUAUCUAUCAAUCUAAUUGAUUAUUCCGAACCCUCUCGUGUUCCGAUGUUCUUGGUAUGCUUUCCCUCCGCUGAUGAAGGUCGAAGGACGAACAUCGAGGACGAAGAUGAAAAAAGAAGCAAUUGGUUUUCCAGUGGAAAAUUGACGAAUAACAUAUAUACUGCAUUCUCUCUUCUAUCCGCAUGGUCAACACGCUGGUUGAGCUUCAAGGACUUUUUCUUUUCUCUCUAACCUCGCACGGUCAAUGCAAAUUACCACCGAGUCACACACAUACGAGUAUACCAAACACAUACCAAGAAAAACCAACAUAAAUAUGUUUCCGUCGCCACUUUGUCCAACAUACAGAAGAGACCUGUUACUAUAAAUGAUUAUCGAUCUGUGUCGACCUUUCCAUUUUCUUCUUUGAUCCGGAGCUCCUUUUACAGCACGCGUUUACAAGCAUGCUAACGGCAAUCAUAUUUAUCAACUAUCCUCGAUGUCACUGGUAUCGUAGCAGUGACCCAUUAUCGUUCUUGGAUCGUCCAUAGCCAUUGUUUCAUUGGUCAUCGGUAGUCGAGCAGUCUCGAACUCGAUCCACGCGUUGGCAUCGUUGACACAAUAAGAAUACAUGUUACACUUCAUACGUACAAACCUUUAACAAAUUGCGUGAGUUUUAUAUGUACAUAUAUAUAGGUAUUAUGUAUGUAGAGAGCACGUAUUGCGCAAGCCGAUGGAAACCAUAUUUGCGCGAGUACGUUGCGCCAAAUUGUAUAUUAUGUAUCUGUUUUGCGAGUAUAGAGCGAAGGGGAACGAAUGUAUAAAAGAGAGCACAAGAAACUGAGUGCGUGAUUGAAAGUGAGAAUGUGUGCCGUGUGUGUUGCGUGCAUAUUAUGUUACGUACGUGUGUUGCCAUAUAGGAUGAAUGAGAGUAAGAAAGAAAGGAAAGAACAGUGUUGUGUACAGUGUACGUGAAAGCAAGCACAAACAUGAAGCAAACAUCUGUGAUUUUCUUCGAACGAAGAGAGAGCAUGUUCGUGCAUAUAUCGAAUAAUUAUCUUUUCUGGUGUUUCGAACGUGACAGAGGAAUCGAGUCAAAUGAAGAAUAUAUGUAUGUAUGUUGAUAUGAAUGAGUGAGCAAAAGUUUAUCCUUUUCAUCGCAACCUCGAUAUUUUUUCUAUUGCUCGAUCUCUUUUUCUUAUUGCUUUAGUUUUCUACUUUGCAAAAUUGCUACAAUCGAACAACCUUGUUUCAUUCAUAUAUAUAUAUGCAAUAGAAGUCGUAAUGGGUAUAUUACGCGUUAGACACGCAAGUGUAUGUGUGUGUGUGUUUCAAUUUCACUUACAAGAAAAUUUUGCUAACUUAAAACAUAAAAUUUUUCUUAAACUUUCGUAACUUUGUAGGAAACUUCCAUAUAAAUAUCGGGCAAUUUUCGUCCCCUUCUUUUCAUUUCUACUAUUAGAGCUAAUGUAUACUUUUCUAUUCCCCUCUCACACACACUGUAUUACACUUAUUCUAGGAAUUGUCAAUCUUCUCAAGUCCAAAAAUAUUACACAAAAAUGUUCAUUUUAACAAUUUCUUUAUACUCAUUACGGCUUUCAAAAUAUAUAUACAGGAAAAUGGGGAAACAUGCCGACUUGCAAAGAUUAUUUUCUUACAGAAGAAGUAGAAAGUAACAAGAAAAAAUUGUGUGACACGUACAUUGUUCAAAGCUAGAAAGUUUUAAGAAAACGUACGAAAUUUCCUACAACACUAACAAUUCUAUUGUUUCGAUGUAAAAUCGUUCAAUUAUACGUAUAUGUACAUACUCUCGUAUAUGUAUAUGUAUAUGUAGAUACACAUUUGUUUCAUCAUGGGUUCUCUGAUGGCGUAUCUAGUUUAGUGGGAUUUCGAUAACAACUAUCAAGUAGAAUAUGUAAACGACAAUCGUCUGAUAAUAUGAUCGGAUGAUAUAUCGUUUCUUCUUUCUUUUCUUCUGUGACGGAAAUACUUGUUCGAAUAUUCACGCUAAAUAUUGAAACGUAGUGUGCAAGAAUUUGAGAGAAUGCCGUUCAUUUGUAAUGAUCAUAAUAUGAAAUCGCGAGCACGUGUAGUAUGAUAGAGGACAAAAAACAAAGAGAGAAAAGAUAAGUAUGUUUGUGAAGAAUAGAGCGAAAUGGAAAGGGUAGCCUUGUCGCGUUCGGUGUCGAAUCAGAAGUAUGUAGCAAUUAUAUAGAAACCAUGUCUGUGAUUAUAUUAAAAAUAGAGAGACAAUAUGAGCAAUCUCUGUGUGCGAGAGCGACCUAAUUAGAGGUGCGUGUAUGUGUCUCUGAAUAAGAUCAUGAGUACACGUGCCUGUAUUGUACUAAUAUCUAAAAGUAUAUAAUAUAUAAAUAUGUUUAUAUUGAAAAGUAUGCGUGGCAAUUUUAAACGGAUUUAAUUUAUAGAUUAAUUAUGUUCACGAUCAACCUCUGCGGAUUGUGCAUUACAUAUAUGUAUAUGAACGUUGUCUAUACGCAUUAAUUUCACUUCUUUUUGUUUGCAUGUUCUUCCAUCCACGUAAACGAGCUGUACUUUAUGUUGGAAAAGAUUCGAUCGUUCCUAUCGGUUAGUUUGGUUUUUCUCCUUUAACUGGUCCUAUACGUUUACAUAUUUUGUUAAUUUGCAGUCGAUGAACACAUUAAUACGAAUUUGUGAACGUUCGAUUAAAAUUGCUAAGCAUGCUCAAAUUGUGACCGAGCGCGUAAAACUACAAGAAUAGAAAAAAAAAGAGAUUCGAAUUCGCUCUUUCAUUUCGAAGAUCAGAAAUGCAAACCGAUUCUCUCUAAACGACCUAUUGGGAAAUCUGUCGAAAGUAAUGUUGGACGAAACAGGUGAAAGUGUGAGAGUCGAACGGCGACGUAGAAAAUCUCGCACACCGUCUAGUACUUACCAUAGAAUCACAUAGCGCAGUUUCAGACAACAGCUAGAAAAAACAUUCCCUUUCCGUUUUAUUUGUCCUUCGCUUGAAGCCAGGAAAAAACAAAAUCUUCACAAUAUCGUAUAGGGAGUACUCGUUUAAUAUAUGCCGUUGGAUUCGCCUAUGUGGAUUAUACACGUUGUAGAUUAUAUCACACGUAACAGAUGAACACAUACACGAAAUGAAUGACAUGACACGCGUAGCGAGAGAACAAGCGGAAACUCAGCGAAACAAGUUGCAAGAAUGAGAGUGAGAGAAAAGCAGAACACCGUUUCAUGAGUGAAUUGUAAUUACUAUAUAUCCAUAUACAUAUAUAUACGAAUAUAUUAUAUAUACAUAUUUAUAUGUAUAUAUAUGUGUAUAUACAUAUAUGUAUAUAUAUGUGUAUAUACAUACAUGUAUAUAUAUGUAUAUAUACACACAUACACACACAUCUUGUAACUAUACAUAGGGUCCUUCAGGAAGAAUUUGUACAAACCCGCUGGGAUAUGGCACCAGCAGUCUGUGAUUUUAGCUUGGUUAAUUCAGUAUUUUUUUAAAUAAAGUGAGACAAAAUCAAGAUAAAUGAUAAAAAAAAAAAAAAAGAAAAAAAACAAGAUUCGAAUUGCGAGGAAGCUCGUGCAUGAGAUACGAGCAAGAGAAAGUUCUGCAUGAGAAAACAUUGUCGUUCACUGUGUACGUAUGCUAGGGCCAGGAGUGGGGAUGAUGAUGACGAUGAUGAUGGUAGGGUUGAGGCGAAUGUAAAGAACGCUUGCGGGAGGAAGGAGAGGGAAAUGCAGGGAAGAGAACAUAUUGCAAAGUGCAAAUGGAAAAAAUAUUUAUUGCGUGUAUAUUUAAUGCGAUACUUGUACAAAAAAUCCCAAUAAUUUAGUAUUUCAAUUUUUUUUAUGCAAAUGCGCGCGAUUGUUGCGAACAAUUGCCCUUUGAAAUUCGCGAAAAUUGUAAAUACGAUAUUAAUGUAUAUGCGAUGUAUUUCAAUCGCGAGUUCACAAAAGUGACGCGUGAGACGGAAAGCGAGAAUUUAUUUUCUUUAUUUUCUUUAUUUUUCAAAAUGAAAUUCAAACAUUAUGUAUGUAUAUAUUUUAAUAUUAAGUUUAUAGAUUUUAAUUUUCUAUAGCCGGAAAUUUUAGAGCUAGUUUAAUUAUAAGUUGUACGGUUGUGGUUUCAAAAUUAUAAUAUAUAUUGAUUAUAUUGAUUGAAUACAGUCUCGCUUCGCGUAAACACGUGCAAUUUUGCGAUUGUUUCGAGAUAGAUUUAUAUACACAAAUGCGAAUACAUGCGUCUUCCGUUCGUAUUUUUCAUUGUGUUCCCUCCGCUUUCUCUGUUGACAUAAAAUGACGAGUAACUGAGAUUGUGUGAGAGAGAAAGGCAAUAUUCAAAAUUAUAAAUCUGACAUGUAUAUGAAGCGCGAAUUUAAACUACAUAUAUGCCGCGUGUCUUUCUUUUCUGUCAAAUAAACUGUUUUGUUGGGACACCAGGAAGGAGAAUGCACGAGAUAUAGUAUAGAGAGGGGGUAUAGUUUAUAAAAGAACAAGGAAAAUCAAGCGAUUAGUCCGAGUCGAAGCAUUUCUUUUCGAACGUGAGAACGAGAGAAAGCGUGGAAAAAAGAGAGCGAGCGAGGGAGAGGGUGAGGUUUGAGAGUAUAAUGAAGGAUAAAAAAAAGAAUGAAUAUUGGACAUUAGGAGAGCGUAUAGCCUGGCAGGGGUGCUCAACUCGGGUAAAGUGGGCCGUGGGUCUCAUCGUAGUAAUAUAAUUGUGAUACCGGAUUUACUCUACGGAUUAGGGAAAAUUUCAUACUGAUUUUAAUACGCAUUCUCGUUUGAGACGAAAACCAAAAGGGAAGAACACUGACCCAAGGUUAUCGAGAUCCGAAUUCGGCGACCCUGUUGGCCAGUGCACAAGUAAAAAAGAAACAUUCGUUCACAUAUACACAAACGUACAGAACAGGCAGGACAGCUAAUUGUAAGACACAUAGAGACAUACAUAGACAAACUUUUAUACAUAUACAUACAUUGGAGACGUACGAUACGAUAUAACACGACACACUAUGAUUUCGAAAUAAUUGCGGGUGAAAAUUAUCUGUUCGAAGAACUCUGCAUAAAAGAAAUUCACUUUACCGAUGUAUGUAUACUACACCGUCAUUAACAAACACGUGUAAAACAUAUGUGGCAGACACGAAUACACACACACACUCACGCGUAGACGAAUACACUUUGACGAGAUACAUGGAACAGACACGAGGAACACGUUACGUACACUCUCGAAUCUGUAGACUAUAGGUUUAAUAUUAAUUAUUACGAAUUAUAAUUAUUAUAUAUCUAUUAUUAUAUCAAUGUAUAAUUAUAUUUAGUUUUUAGGUUACUAUGUCUAUCAUUUCCCGCUUGUACAUAUGCCGUGAGCUCGAAAAAAUUAAAUCUUUAUCAAAAGAAAUCUAUAAUUUUUUCGACUGUUUUUGUACAGAGAUAAUAAAAACAAAGGCCUCGUGCUUAUAAAAUUUCAUGAAUAUAAAGUA